UUAUAGGUCACACGCUGGAGAUCUUCAAUGUAUAGCAGAAUAAUCAUCAUUUAGCUCAUUUCUUCUGUGUCAACCGAACUUGAUAGACGUGUAUUGAAGCUAUCUGUGUUCUAAAUAAUCAUCGUUACAAACAAACUUGUAACAUAAACAAACAAGAGUUAGUAUUUGUUUACAAUUUAAAUCGCAAUUCGAAUUCAUAAUAACCGGUGCACAUCGCUAAAGAGAGAGCACCCUUGUAUAUCGAGGAACGUUCUAGAAGGUGUAACGGUUUUUCCUGUGAGCGGAAAUCGGUGAAUUCGGAGUUCGCGUCUUCAGACGAUUUUUUGGAAAAAGAUUCGAAGGAAGUUUGGAAUAUUCUUUCUCUUGAGCAGGAUCACAAACAAAAUCAGCUCCUUGAUGUUGACUAUGCCAAUGACUAUUCCCCUGCCAUCGAAGGCGUUUUUGAAAUUUUGGAAAAAAAGAUCCGUUAGCAUCACCGAAUACGACCCAACUUUCAAAGUCCUUUAUCUGGGUAAUAUCCUCACUUCCUACGCUAAAGGGGAAGGAUGUACUGACAAGCCAUUGUCCACCCUGUGGAAAGCUUACACCAGCAAUCCGGCUAAAGUCCAGACCCCCAUGGAACUGACCAUUUGCAGUUCUGGAAUUAAGGCCGUCACGAAAAACUUUGGAGUGACUGAAUAUUGGGCUUACAGGAUCUCACACUGUGAAGCUCCCGCUGAAUAUCCUGGACUUUUUUGUUGGAUUUACAGGCAUGAAAGACCGAAGAUGAAGCAGGAGUUAAGAUGUCAUGCAGCUUUGUGCUUAAAAGUUGAAAAUGCCAAGGAAUUGACUGAGCAAUUGAAAGAAAGAUUGGCCCUUGCUCUGCAAGAAUUUAGGCGCGAAAAGCUUAACAGACAAAAAGCGAGGUUAUCUCUUGCCAAUGCUGUCUACGAUUGCCCAUCGAUGCCUCGACGAAAACUCCUCCUCUACCGAGGUAGCAUCAACUUCCGACCUCCCAUAGAAAUGUCCAAAAUCGCCCCAAAACUCGGUGUCAUAGACGAGGACGAUCUUGAAGAUGAUCUUGAUGUCGGAACGCCUUCCAGCUACGACGAUCUGUACAUGUACAGCAGUUCAGAAGCAUCUUCUUUGUCAUCGUCUCCAGAAGACGAGGAACUGUUUUCGAGGUUUAGGAUGCUUAGUACGUCGCUGAACUCUAAUGGUGAAGAGACUGCUUCUUCCUAUUCUGAUGAGGACUUGUUCUUUGAUGAUGCAAGAAGUAAUGAAUCAGACGAUAUUCCACUCAUUACGUGAUUACUGGAAAAAUAUCGCCAAAUCAGCGCUUAAUUUAUUCUUCAGCAGUGAAAAACCAUCAAAUCUUGCAUCGUUAAUAAUGCCAACCAAAGUCUUCUUGAAUAAUCAGUCACUUUUUGUAAUACCUAUAUUAUUUAUAUGAUAAUUAGCAUGUCUCAAAUGUAUGUUUAAGUCUUACUACUCCAUUUAUGGCAAAUAAUGUUUCUUAAAUGUGUAUAAGUCUUAAUUGUAUCAUUUAUGACAAUUAACACCUUAAAAUGUUUUAUUAAGCUAUAAUUAUUACUUCAAACCUAACAAUAUCUAGAUCAGUAAACUAACUGGUGUUAGUUCACAAUAUUUUUAACUUUUUUUUUCUUUUAACAUGACGUUCAUUACUUAUUUGUUUGACACUUUCACAAGUCAAUUGGUAAAAAAAAAUUUUGACACCUAAUAUAAAUUCAUUAAAAUUAAAUUAAUUGCACAUCAUGAUUUCUAAAUGCAAAUUAAAACUGCAAUGAGUAUUUAUUUUAUGAGUAAUUUAACUUAACGACUGAAAUAGAAUUAAUUCAUAAUUAAUUUUAAGUCAUUAUUUCAAAAUAUAAAUUAAAUUUUUAUGAAUUAAAUCUAAAACAAUAAUUAAACAAAUUAAUUAAUCCCAUUACAUUGCCAUAUUAAAAAGAAUCUCUUCAAUAAAAAAGCUCAUUGCAUUGAUUGUUGUAUUUAAAAUUAAUUAUACAUUAUUGAUUAAUGAUAAUUAAAAUAUCUUUCAUGAAUGAGUAUAAAGCAAUCUUGUAAAAUCAAUAGAACUAAAUACUAGAUGUUUAUAUUAAAGGCAUUAAUUUUUCUGUGAUACAUAUUGCCAUAUGUAUGUUAAGUAUUUUUACUAGUAUUAAUAAUGACGUUAAAUGUUGUUGAUAUAUUUAUAAUAUUUUAAAAUCAUCAUUUUUUGAAAUGUAGUUGAGAAACUGUACAGUUUAAUAUACCUCAAAGUGCUUCCUAUUGUUCUACCAUCAUUAAUUUAUUUAUUAUCUAUGUAAAUUUCAUUUAAUCUUAAAUCAUAGUGUUCGUAUCAUAUCACUUGCCAAGCUCAACUUAUAAAGUUACGCAAAUUGCAUGUUGAUCAAUGAAUAUAAUUAUUAUAUACUUAAUUAUUUAGUGGCCAAUUAAUUUUCGAUGACGAAUAUAUUCUGUUAGUUAUUAUACUGCAAAAAUUGGAGUAAGUGCUGCAAUUUUAAGUUUUCCUAAAGCCUAGUCUGAUGAAAAGUAAUGCAGUCUUUGAUUUUAUGUGAUUUGAAAUCACUUGUAAAUAUGUAAGUAAGCAUGAUGUAAAUAGUGUUAUUGUUUUUCUUUGUGUGAAUAAAUAUUAAGUUAUAGUUAAA